UUUUGUGGGCGGAGACAGCUGGAGACUCGUACUGCGCAUGUGCAGUGCAGGUCUGUACGCCGUCCAUUGUCCCACGCCUUUGUCGGCUUUCAUCCGGUUUUAUUAGCGAUUAUUGAAUAAGACGUAUUCCACGCGGGAUUUCAGCCAUUUUACAGAACCGGCCAUGACGUCACGUGCAGGCCCAAGAGCUGUCAGGACUGAUGGGAGUGACUUCAAGCACAGAGAAAAAGUGGCUCCUCAUUAUCAGAUGAGUGCAUCUUUAAAGUCUGAGAUCAAGAAGCUCACCGUUGUGCAUCUGUUAAUAUGGUUAUUAAUAGCCUCCCAAGUGGUAGUCACCCACUUCAAGCUGUUUUCCUCUGACGUUGUGGCCAUGCCCUAUCAGUGGGAGUACCCAUAUCUCCUCAGCCUUCUGCCCUCGCUGCUCUCUGGCAUGGCCAUGCCCAAGAACAAUAUCAGCUACCUGGUGAUCUCCAUGAUCAGCGCAGGCCUAUUUUCUGUUGCUCCGCUAAUCUUCGGUGCCAUGGAGAUGUUCCCGGUUGCGCAGCAGCUCUACCGGCACGGCAAGGCUUACCGAUUUAUCUUUGGCUUCUCUGCGGUGUCAGUGAUGUACCUGCUGAUGGUGAUCGCCAUUCAGGUGCACGCAGGGCAGAUUUACUACAGCAAGAAGCUCCUGGAUGCCUGGUUUGACUCGACACAGGAAAAGAAGAAAAAAUAAAGAGACUAUUGAUGAAGAACUGUUCACGCAUGUUGUACAUUACUCACAGUUUUGAGAUGCAUAGAAUUAUCAAUAAUCUAAGAUGAAAUGGACAUACAGAAUAUACCACUGGGCUCUGGUUUAUUUAUAUUUACAGGUUACUCUUUAUAUUGUGGCUACCAUCUAAUUUAUUUUUAUUUUUAUCUGACACGACAUUACCCUUCGAUAGGGUGAAGCUUCUAAGACAGUCAACUGUAUUGUAAUUUAUGUACAGGUACACAUUGUUUUACUGCUUCACCAGUCUUCAGUGCUCUCACAUUAAAAGUGCUUUUAAUGGUCA